CAGUGUCCUGGAGCUUCGCCCCUGUUACCAGAAUCCCAAAUAUGGUUAUUUUUCCCAAAAACCCAAAAAUUGAACAGGCCCAGAAAUCGAACAGAUAAAUUCUCCUUCCUACAAUUGCAUCGACAAAUUCUCCUUCCUACAAUUGCAUGCUCGCCAUCUUUGACCGUAUGGUCGGGGAGAUUAUGGCGGUGUUUAUGGACGAUUUCUUGGUUUAUGGAGACUCAUUCUCUCACUGUCUCCAUAACCUGGAACUCGUCCUUAAACGGUGUGAAGAAACGAACCUAGCAAUGAGUUGGGAGAAGUGCCACUUCAUGGUUCGUGAGGGCAUAGUUCUGGGGCAUAAGAUCUCCAAGAUGGGAAUUGAGGUGGACAAAGCAAAGAUUGAGACUGUCAGCAAGCUGCCGCCUCCUACAUCUGUUAAGGGGAUCCAGAGUUUUUUAGGCCAUGCAGGGUUCUAAAGGCAGUUCAUCAAGGAUUUUUUCAAAGAUCGCCCUUCCCCUGUGUUUACCACUAAAUAAAUUACUCAAUACCACAUUGAGUAUUUUCAAGGAGUGGUAGUGAGUUAUAAGGCCAACUUAACCAUGUUAAUUAAAUUGGUUUAAACCGGGCCUAAAUGAUAGUAUUUUGGGCUUUAUACCAGGUACCUCAACACACACCACUUGACCCACCACACACCCACCUAUCACGCAAGGGGGGUCAAGUGCCAAGCGUUGACACCCGUCAACAUCAACCACCCAAGUCGUGGAGACCCAACCACAAGGGGGUCAUCGCGAGUACCCCUUUUGUCGUGGUGGCAAAGAGAGCCAAAAUUUGGCUAAGCGUUGAGACCCACAACACAAGGGGGGUCAAGCAUGACAUCAUGCAAGGGGGGUCAUGCAUGACACCGUCCAAGGGGUUCAAGCAUGACAUCACCCAAGGGGGGUCAUGCAUGAUACCGUCCAAGGGGGGUCAAGCACCUACCUACCUUGCGCUAGGAUAUCAAGCAUGAUGUUGUGCAAGGAGGGCCAUCACAAUUACCCCUAUACAUGAUGGGGAAGAAGGAAAAAAUUGGCUAAGUGUUGAGACCCAUAGCACAAGGGGGGUCAAGCAUGACAUCAUCCCCGGGGGGUCAAGCAUGACAUCGUCCCAGGGUGGUCAAGAAUGAUGUCAUGCAAGUGGGGUCAAGCACUAUGAUAUCUACCUAUCUCGCGCUAGAGUGUCAAGCAUGAUGCCAUGCAAUGAGAGCUAUCACGAGUACCCCUAGACAUGAUGCGACAAAAGAAGGUGAAAAUUGGCUAAGUAUGGAGAUCCAACCACAAGGGGGGUCAUGCAUGAUACCGUCCAAGUGGGGUUAUGUCUGAUAUCGUCCAAGGGGGUCAAGCACCAGGUACCAUGAUACCCAACCACAAGGGGGGUCAAGCGUGACAUCAUCCCAGGGGGGUCAUGCAUGACACCGCAAUGGGGUCAACGUGCAAGGACAUCAUCACGAGUAGCAGGCAUCUCAUGGGUAGUUAUUUCAGCCAUGUAUAUCAUCACAUGGUAGACCACCUUGUCAAGACCCUGCAAGCAUGAUGCCACCCCAAGGGUAUCCGUAUGCGUCCACCAAACCCCAAGCACCCUGGUGUCGAACAUGACGUCAUGUCAAGGUGGUUAGCACGAGUACCACCAAGCGUGAAGCCUUCACUCACCAAACAAGACAACUCCAUGGCACAAGGGUUUAACUAUCAAGUGAAGUCAUCAAGUGGCAAGCACGCAGGACAGUCAAGGCGUUAAGCAAGCUACAUCAAGCACCAAGCAGUGGAGCAGCGGUUACCAAGAGGCGGUUACACGGCAGUUACAAGGGAUGACUAUAAAUAGGAGAAAAGAAA